GUCCUUGUUGUUUUGCCGUACAGGACGAAAGGCGAAUGCGCAUGGGCGGGCAUGCGUGCUUUGGUCUUACAUUUAUACCUCAGCCUGUGCAGUGACCGGGACAUUGCCUACGAAGAUUGUAUUGAGGAAGACUGCGGAACCACGUCUUUUACGGACAGUUUGCAUCUUUUUGUAGUAAAAUGAGUAAAGACGACUUGAUACUCUCCAAAGACUUCCCUCAGCUCCAAAAUGACUCAUUCCUGCGAGCAGCACGUGGAGAAGAAACUGAACAUGUUCCAGUUUGGUGUAUGAGACAAGCAGGACGAUAUCUGCCAGAGUUUCGUGAGUUCAGGGCUGGGAAGGACUUUUUUGAGACGUGCAGAUCACCAGAGGCCUGCUGCGAACUCACUCUUCAGCCUCUCAGACGUUAUGCUUUUGAUGCCGCCAUCAUCUUCUCUGACAUCCUGGUUGUACCACAGGCAAUGGGUAUGGAUGUCAAGAUGUUAGCAGGUAAAGGCCCUACUUUCACAGAACCUCUGAAGGAACCUGAAGACCUGCAGCGUCUGUCGGCUCAAGUGGAUGUGAAAAAGGAACUAGGCUAUGUUUUCAAAGCCAUCACCCUGACACGACACAAGCUGGAGGGCAAAGUCCCUCUAAUUGGUUUCAGUGGUGCUCCGUGGACCCUGAUGUCUUAUAUGAUAGAAGGAGGUGGCUCCACCACUCACUCAAAGGCUAAGCGUUGGCUUUACCGACACCCUGAGGCUAGUCACAUGCUUCUGAAGAUGCUGACUGAUGUGAUCGUGGAGUAUCUGCUGGGACAAGUGGCAGCUGGAGCUCAGGCACUACAGGUGUUCGAUUCCCAUGCUGGCAUUUUGGGCCCAGUGGAAUUCAGAGAGUUCUCACUACCUUAUCUACGAGAUAUUGCGCGGCGCAUCAAAGACAAGAUCAAGGAGGAUCGGCAGGAUGUUCCACUAAUUGUGUUUGCCAAAGAUGCACACUAUGCCCUGGAAGAUCUGUCCCAAUCUUAUUAUGAGGUUAUCGGACUGGACUGGACCAUUGACCCUCGAUCAGCUCGGGAGAGAACAGGAGGCAAGGUGAGUCUGCAGGGGAACAUGGACCCUUGUGCUCUCUAUGCUCCCAAGGAAAGAAUAUCUGACAUUGUGAAGAAAAUGCUGGAGGAUUUUGGCACUCGGGGCCAUAUCGCCAACUUGGGCCAUGGCCUGUACCCUGACAUGGACCCAGAGAAUGUGGGGGCAUUUGUGGAAGCAGUACAUCAACAUUCCAGGCUGAUGAACAAGCUCCUAUAGAAUUGACCAUUGGCUAACCUGUAGGAGAGAAUGUACAAUUAUGUUUGACUAGAUUUUAACUUCCAGCACAUGAAUAAAUCACUAUGGUCAAUGUCAGAAAAGUCAUGGAGGUGUCUUUUCCCUCUGUUUUUAGUUAAUGUGUUGUUGUGGUCAGCUCUUGAAUUAUGGGUUUGAGUGUAUUGCCUUCAUGCUUUUCAUUCCUGGUUGUAUAAACACAGGUUCAACUUUUUCUCCAAUGUGCCACUAUUAUAAAUAAACUGAU